UUUCGGUAUCAUUUACUAAAAGCGAGCAGCUCUUUUGCGAGCGACAACACGGAAUUGCAGCCUCAAUUCAUCGAGGUAGCUUUGAAAACACACGACUCCCAGACAGCAAUCAUGACUCCUACAGUAUACCAAUAUCCCGGAGUGAACCUCCCGCUCGACCACCUCCGGCAGGGAGGCAGAGUGGGCAUUGACUUCUACCGACUCGGCUCGUUCGAGGGCGCCGAGGGCGUCUCGGAGCUGAUCCAAGUCCGCGAAGUCUUCAUGAUGGUUCUGAUGGACCGCCUGACCGACAAGCCCAAUUGGCACGAGAAGGUGUUUGACGACGCCAUUGUCGCCAAGUGGCGCACUGAAGCCCUCGCACAACCCGAAGGCCACAUAUACCGCCAGAUUAUCGGCCCGCAGUCAAUUCCUAUCCCGAGGAGGACAAAGUUCAUGACCCCAGAGGUCUUUGACUAUUGUAUCUCCGAGCUGAGGAGCAAGGCAGCCCACUUCAAGGAGACGGAACUGAUUUUCACGCUCAACUCGCCCCAAGGAUAUUUCACAGAGCAAUGGUCUCACAACACCGCCAUCAAGUCCGACUCGGUCGUGAGCCCGGAGCUCCAGCGAGGCCUCAAGGCCGCGUUCGAGAAGCUCCGCAGGGACCAGGCAGCCGAACCUGACUGGCAUCCUGGAAGCGACGACAAGGUCCAGGAUUUGGUCCACCCGUCCAUGUAUCCCUUCGUCUACGGCCAGACCAGAUUCAUCCAGGAAGAAGUCGUCGGUGUCGAUGACGCUGUUGAGAAGUGGUCUGGUAAGGGUGACGUCGUGCCAAAGCCCGAGAAGCCGCGACCGGUUGAGGGCAGGGAAUGGGAAUGGGAGCAUGGACACGCCAUUGAGAGGGAUUACUGGUCUCAGACAUACCAGUGGCUUCCGGCCAACUUGGCUUUCCAAGAGGACGGCACCGUGCGAUUUACGAGUUACAUCAACAACCUGCACCCGAAGAAACACCCCGAGAUAUACAGGCUCGUCGAGCGGCUCAUCGACGCGGCCAUUCCCGCCUGGGAUCGGGUUCUAAGCAGCAAUGCAUGGCAUAAAUCGGGAAGCGUCCAGAGACGGUUUGACUUACCGCCAAAGGUCAACGAGAAUAAUCGUGACGCUGUUUGGGAGAAGUUCAACUCCGAGAUCCUGGGCGAGCACGAGGCUAGAGAAGGUCCCGUCAGCUAUGACCCGGAAGACGUCGAGUACUUGAGUGACGAUGAGGUGGAGCGGGAAAUGAGCGACCUAGAGGCAAAGAAGGCGCGCAAGGUUCAAAGACUCAAGUGGCGACUCAUCCGUGAUCCCCUCCUGCCCGAGCCGUUGGCCUUCGACUCGCCCGUCGAAUACAAGGUCAGGCAGAAGCUCCGCAAGAGGUUCAAGCACACGGGCCUGCAGGUCAUUGUCAAGAUGGCCUCGAUCGAGCUGACGCCGGAAAAGCCCGACUUCCCCCUCGGCAGCUGGCAUAUUGAGGGUCAGAUGAACGAGCACAUUGUGGCCACGGCACUGUACUAUGUCGACUCGGAGAACGUGCAGCCGAGCCACCUGUCUUUUCGCAUGGCCACGAGUGAGGAGCAGGAGGCACUGCAGGACCGGGUCGGACAGGAUUUAUAUCGCGUCUACGAGCGUAUCUAUGGCACUGAGCUCAGCCUUUCCGGCCGGGGCGGAACCGUCCAGUCCUACGGCAGCGUUGCGACGCCCGAGGGCCGGCUGCUUGCAUUCCCCAACAUUUUGCAAGUCCAACACCGCGUCUCGCACUUUGGCUUGCAGGACCGCACCAAGCCAGGCCACCGUCGCUUCAUUGCCCUGUGGCUCGUCAACCCGUUCCAGCGCAUCAUCUCGACGGCCAACGUGCCGCCGCAGCAGUUCGAUUGGUGGGCCGAGGCCGUCUUUGGCACCGGGUCCAGGGCUGCCAAGGGCGAGAUGCCGCCCGAGCUGUUCCAGCUGCUGCUCGAGGAGGGGGCGUCCAAGACGGUCAAGCCGACGGAGGCGCUGCUCCGCACCCUGGAGAACCGCCUGCCUCCCGAGGUCAUGGAGAUGGUGCGGCGCCACCGGGCCGUGCCCGAUGGGCUGAUGACGGUCGAGGAGGCGCGCCGGCACAGGCUCGCGCUGAUGGAGGAGAGGACCGCGUUUGUCGGGAAGGUUGAGGAGGAGUGGACCCGCACAUACUCGUUUUGCGAGCACUAA